UGGAACAGACUGACACAGAAGCUUUUGCAAACUACAGAGAGAGAAGUCGAAUAUUUGGGGGAUAUUUGAUUCAUCAACUGGGAGCAUUAACAGUUUUGUGGACACUCUACUCUUUAUUUUGGUGGAAGCCCCUGAAUCUUGAGCAUUCAUCAGAACAAAGGCUUAUCCACAGCAAGGAUUUACUCUAACUCAGGAUUUAGGAAGAACCUUUUGCUGGGAAUUCACUUCCAGAGUUCCAGGAGGCACUGAAAAGAUCUUGCAGAGUUCCAGUGGGAAGAAAAUCAGAACUUCAAGAGUUCCAGUGGGAAUUGGAUCUCUGGGAAGUUACCUCCCGUUGCCUGGGAGAAGCGAACUGAAGAGAGGGUCUUGGUUGCCGGGAGCAACCUUCCUCUGGGAGAUGAGGGUUCCAAGCAGCUGGCUGUGUCUCGGGGUGGUGGUUGGUCUCCUGCUGCAGGACACAUGGGGUCAAUCAACAGCAGUGGCAUCAACAUCUACACCACCAAGUUCUGCAACUUCUGUCAAUGCCCGUCAGACUACAGGUGAUACUUUAAGCCCACCCAAACCAACUCCAACUGCCCCCCCAACAGCCGGCCCAACUGCUGUUCCUACUGCUCCUCCUACAGCCGGCCCAACAGCACCUCCUACUGCACCCCCAACAGCACCUCCUACUGCACCUCCUACUGCACCCCCAACAGCACCUCCUACUGCACCUCCUACUGCACCCCCAACAGCACCUCCUACUGCACCUCCUACUGCACCCCCAACAGCACCUCCUACUGCACCCCCAACAGCACCUCCUACUGCACCUCCUACUGCACCCCCAACAGCACCUCCUACUGCACCCCCAACAGCACCUCCUACUGCACCUCCUACUGCACCUCCUACUGCACCCCCAACAGCACCUCCUACUGCACCUCCUACUGCACCCCCAACAGCACCUCCUACUGCUCCUCCUACAGCCGGCCCAACAGCACCUCCUACUGCACCUCCUACUGCACCUCCUACUGCACCCCCAACAGCACCUCCUACUGCACCUCCUACUGCACCCCCAACAGCACCUCCUACUGCACCCCCAACAGCACCUCCUACCGCUCCUCCUACAGCCGGCCCAACUGCUGUUCCUACUGCUCCUCCUACAGCGGCGCAAACAGCACCUCCAACUGCCCCCCCAACAGCACCUCCUACCGCUCCUCCUACGGCCGCCCCAACAGCCGCUCCAAUUCAGUCAACUUCUGCACCCUCGACACUGGGUGCCACCUCUACUCAGUCAACUGACGCACCAGGUCCAUCUUCCAAACCGCCAACUGAUGCACUAUCAUCACAAGGCCCUACCUCUCACGCCUUAACAACAGGUCAAACCUCUGCACCAUCAUCACACGUGUGUGGCCGUCCUCCUCUGAACAGCAGGAUAGUGGGUGGCCAGGAUGCCCCAGCAGGUAGUUGGCCAUGGCAGGCCAGUCUCCAACGCAAUGGCGGCCAUUUCUGUGGAGGAUCCCUAAUCAGCAACCAGUGGAUCCUCUCGGCAGCACACUGCUUCGACAGCACUGACACCACUGGUCUGACUAUACGUCUGGGACUGGAGAACCUUGAUGGCAGCAACUCCAACAGCCAGACCUUCACAGUGAACCAGAUCAUUCCACACCCCGACUAUACCAGUGUUUCCACUGGCAACGACAUCGCUCUGUUGCAGCUCAGCUCCUCAGUGGCCUUUACCGACUACAUCAGCCCCGUCUGCCUGGCUGCCACCGGCAGUGUCUUCAGCAACGGCACCUUGAGCUGGGUCACUGGGUUCGGAAACAUUGAUGAAGGACUGUCGCUGCCCAGUCCUGGAACUCUGCAGGAGGUUGAUGUGUCUGUGAUAACCAACACACAGUGCAGUACUCUCUACUCCAGCAUCACAGACACCAUGAUCUGUGCUGGUGUGCUCACUGGAGGGAAGGACUCUUGCCAGGGUGAUUCUGGUGGGCCCAUGGUGACCAAACAGGACUCUGUGUGGGUCCAGUCCGGCAUUGUGAGCUUUGGUAGAGGAUGUGCUCGGCCCAACCUGCCCGGAGUGUAUGCCCGCAUCUCCCAGUACCAGGACUGGAUCAACUCCCACGUUGGUUCUGACCAGCCGGGCUUCGUGCAGUUCACCUCCAGCGGGGCAGGGGAAGCUAGCACCACCACCACUACCACUCUGGUUCCUAACACGACAUCAUCCCUAACUACUAGCGAUGGCGUCCGACCUCUCACCACAACCACCAUGGCUUCAGCUCUGACAACCAAUAGCUCAACACAUACCAUCACAGACACAGCAGCAGCACACACCAUGAGCCCAGCAGUACAGACCAGUCCAGCCUCAGCACAGACCACCUCGGACCCACUUCUUGGGUCUGCAGUGUGUGGCCGUCCUCCUCUGAACAGCAGGAUAGUGGGUGGCCAGGACGCCCUAGCAGGUAGUUGGCCAUGGCAGGCCAGUCUCCAUCGCAAUGGCGACCAUUUCUGUGGCGGAUCCCUCAUCAGCAAACAGUGGAUCCUCUCAGCAGCACACUGCUUUGACAGUACUGAUACCAGCAUUUGGACUGUACGUCUGGGACUGGAAGACCUUCAGGGUAACAACACCAACAGCCAGACCUUCACAGUGAACCAGAUCAUUCUACAUCCCAACUACAACGACAUCUCCUCUGACAACGACAUCGCUCUGCUGCAGCUCAGCUCUUCAGUGGCCUUUACAGACUACAUCCUGCCCGUUUGCCUUGCUGCCACCGGCAGUGUCUUCCACAAUGGCACUAUGAGCUGGAUCACUGGAUUUGGAGACAUCGCCUCAGGAGUCUCCCUGCCCAGUCCUGGGAUCCUUCAAGAGGUGGAUGUGUCUGUAUUGGGCAACAGACAGUGUAACUGCCUCUACAAUGUCCGUAACAUCAGCAUCACAGACAACAUGAUCUGCGCUGGACUGCUUACUGGAGGCAAAGACUCAUGCCAGGCUGAUUCAGGUGGGCCAAUGGUGAUCAAGCAGGACUCUGUGUGGGUCCAGUCCGGCAUCGUGAGCUUUGGGAUCGGGUGUGCUCUGGCUGGCUUCCCCGGGGUCUACGCCCGCGUCUCCCAGUACCAGGACUGGAUCAAUUCACAUGUUGGCUCCGACCAGCCGGGCUUCGUGCAGUUCACCUCCAGCGGGGUAGAUGGCGACAGCAGCUUCUCCUGUGAUGGGCAUCCUGCUGUAACAACCACUACAGCCUCAGCACAGACCAGCUCAGACCUCUCAGCUGUCACAGAUGCAAUACAAACCAACACAAUUACGACCAAAUCGACGGCUGCCUCCACUGCCACUCCAGUUACCACCAGAUCGACUGCUGCCUCUACUGCUGCUCCAGCUAAAGUCAAGUUGACGCUCACAAUGCAGGAAACGUAUACGCCUGACCUGGCAGACUCCUCAACACCUGCCUUUCAAAACCUCGCCCAAAAAACCAAGGAUCAGAUGGAGCCUGUGUUUAGAGCUGCUUACCCUGAUUUCCAAGGGCUGGAAGUAAAAGGAUUUAGUCGUGGAUCUGUUGUGGCGGACACAGAACUCACAUUCCGCGCCUCUGCUUCAUCUUCGUCCUCAACUCCGAGCGUCGCCAAUAUCAGCUCCACAACACAGGAAGCCAUUGACAGUGGCAGUCUGAGCCUAAACAUCAGCUCAGUUGCUGUGGAAAUAGUGUCAACGCCAAUCCAGUCAACUUCUGCACCCUCGACACUGGGUGCUACCUCCACUCAGUCAACUGAUGCACCAGGUCCAUCCUCCAAACCGCCAACUGAUGCGCCCUCAUCACAAGGCCCUACCUCUCACGCCUUAACAACAGGUCAAACUUCUGCACACUCAUCACAAGGUGCCACAUCCAAACCGUCAACUGUCGCACCCUCAUCACAAGGUCCAACCUCCUCCCAGUCAACUGGCGCACAAGUUCCAACAUCUACGCCGUCAACUGUAGCACCCACAACUCAAGGUCCAACCUCUUUAAAGUUAACACAUCCACCCUCAACACAACGUCCAAUCCAAUCAACGGUUGCAACAUCAACACAGUCACCUUCUGCAUCCCCAACACAUGGUCCUACCUCCACCCUGUCCACGGAUGCACAAAGUCCAACAUCCAAACCAUCGACUGUCGCACCGUUAACACAACGUCCAACCACCAUACAAUCAAGCUCUGCACCCUCGGCCACCCAGUCAACCACCCUAUCCUCAACACAAGGUCAAAUCUCCAUCAAAUCAACAGCUGGUCCCUCAACCCAAGUUACGACCAAAUUGACGGCUGCCUCAACUGCCGCUCCAGUUACCACCAGAUCGACUGCUGCCUCCACUGCUGCUCCAGCUAAAGUCAAGUUGACGCUCACAAUGCAGGAAACGUAUACGCCUGACCUGGCAGACUCCUCAUCACCUGCCUUUCAAAACCUCGCCCAGAAAACCAAGGAUCAGAUGGAGCCUGUGUUUAGAGCUGCUUACCCUGAUUUCCAAGGCCUGGAAGUAAAAGGAUUUAGUCGUGGAUCUGUUGUGGCGGACACAGAACUCACAUUCCGCGCCUCUGCUUCAUCUUCGUCCUCAACUCCGAGCGUCGCCAAUAUCAGCUCCACAACACAGGAAGCCAUUGACAGUGGCAGUGUGAGCCUAAACAUCAGCUCAGUUACUGUGGAAAUAGUUUCAACUCCAAUCCAGUCAACUUCUGUACCUUUGACACUGGGUGCUACCUCCACUCAGUCAACUGAUGCACCAGGUCCAUCCUCCAAACCGCCGACUGAAGCACCCUCAUCACAAGGCCCUACCUCUCAUGCCUUAACAACAGGUCAAACCUCCGCACCCUCAUCACAAGGUGCCACAUCCAAACCAUCAACUGUCGCACACUCAUCACAAGGUCCAACCUCCUCCCAGUCAACUGGCGCACAAGUUCCAACAUCUACGCCGUCAACUGUAGCACCCACAACUCAAGGUCCAACCUCUUUAAAGUUAACACAUCCACCCUCAACACAACGUCCAAUCCAAUCAACGGUUGCAACAUCAACACAGUCACCUUCUGCAUCCCCAACACAUGGUCCCACCUCCACCCUGUCCACGGAUGCACAAACUCCAACAUCCAAACCAUCGACUGUCGCACCGUUAACACAACGUCCAACCACCAUACAAUCAACCUCUGCACCCUCGGCCACCCAGUCAACCACCCUAUCCUCAACACAAGGUACAACCUCCAUCAAAUCAACAGCUGGUCCCUCAACCCAAGUUACGACCAAAUCGACGGCUGCCUCAACUGCCGCUCCAGUUACCACCAGAUCGACUGCUGCCUCCACUGCUGCUCCAGCUAAAGUCAAGUUGACGCUCACAAUGCAGGAAACGUAUACGUCUGACCUGGCAGACUCCUCAUCACCUGCCUUUCAAAACCUCGCCCAGAAAACCAAGGAUCAGAUGGAGCCUGUGUUUAGAGCUGCUUACCCUGAUUUCCAAGGCCUGGAAGUAAAAGGAUUUAGUCCUGGAUCUGUUGUGGCGGACACAGAGCUCACAUUCCGCGCCUCUGCUUCAUCUUCGUCCUCAACUCCGAGCGUCGCCAAUAUCAGCUCCACAACACAGGAAGCCAUUGACAGUGGCAGUCUGAGCCUAAACAUCAGCUCAGUUACUGUGGAAAUAGUUUCAACUCCAAUCCAGUCAACUUCUGCACCUUUGACACUGGGUGCUACCUCCACUCAGUCAACUGAUGCACCAGGUCCAUCCUCCAAACCGCCGACUGAAGCACCCUCAUCACAAGGCCCUACCUCUCAUGCCUUAACAACAGGUCAAACCUCUGCACCCUCAUCACAAGGUGCCACAUCCAAACCGUCAACUGUCGCACCCUCAUCACAAGGUCCAACCUCCUCCCAGUCAACUGGCGCACAAGUUCCAACAUCUACGCCGUCAACUGUAGCACCCACAACUCAAGGUCCGACCUCUUUAAAGUUAACACAUCCACCCUCAACACAACGUCCAAUCCAAUCAACGGUUGCAACAUCAACACAGUCACCUUCUGCAUCCCCAACACAUGGUCCCACCUCCACCCUGUCCACGGAUGCACAAACUCCAACAUCCAAACCAUCGACUGUCGCACCGUUAACACAACGUCCAACCACCAUACAAUCAACCUCUGCACCCUCGGCCACCCAGUCAACCACCCUAUCCUCAACACAAGGUCCAACCUCCAUCAAAUCAACAGCUGGUCCCUCAACCCAAGGUCCAACCUCUUUAAUAUCAACAUCUCCACCCUCCCCUAAAGUCUCAACACAGCAUCCCACCACAUCACAAUCUCCAACUGCUACACCCACACCAGGUUCCUCUUUACCUCCAUCCACUACACCAGCUGCUACACCUACAACAGGUUCAACACAAUCUCCAUCCUCAACUCAUGGUCCCACCUCAACACAGCGCUCCACCUCGUCACAGCUUCCAACUUCAUCACAGCAUCCCACCUCAACACAGCGUCUCACCUCAUCACAACGUCCCUCAACACAGCUUCCCUCAACACAAACUGCUCCCCCCACACCAGGUUCCCCUUCACCUCCAUCCACUACACCAGCUGCUACACCUACAACAGGUUCAACACAAUCUCCAUCCUCAACACAUGGUCCCACCUCAACACAGCACUCCACCUCGUCACAGCAUCCCACCUCAUCACAGCAUCCCACUUUGUCACAGCAUCCCAGCUCAACACAGCGUCUUACCUCAACACAGCGUCCCUCAACACAAUCUUCAGCUGCUACACCCACACCAGGUUCUUCUUCACCUCCAUCCACUACACCAACUGCCACACCAGGUUCAUCACAGGGUCCCACCACAACCCAUUUAACAUCUCCAUCCUCAACCCCACCCUCAACACAGCGUCCCACCUCAUCACAAUCUCCAGCUGCUACAUCCACACCAGCUAUGACCAAAUCGACGGCUGCCUCCACUGCCGCUCCAGUAACCACCAGAUCGACUGCUGCCUCUACUGCUGCUCCAGUGAAAGUUAAGUUGACACUCACAAUGCAGGAAACGUAUACGUCUGACCUGGCAGACUCCUCAUCACCUGCCUUUCAAAACCUCGCCCAAAAAACCAAGGAUCAGAUGGAGCCUGUGUUUAGAGCUGCUUACCCUGAUUUCCAAGGGCUGGAAGUAAAAGGAUUUAGUCCUGGAUCGGUUGUUGCGGAUACAGAGCUGUCCUUCCGGUCAUCAGAUUCGUCUUCAACUCCGAGUGUAGACAGCAUCAGCAACACCACAGAGGAAGCCAUCGCCAGCGGCAACCUGACCCUAAACAUCAGCUCAGUUGCUGUGGAAAGAGUUUCAACUCCAGUCCAGUCAACUUCUCCAGCCUCAACACCAGGUGCCACUUCCAUACCAUCAACUUCUGUACCCUCAACACCAGGCGCCACUUCUACAACGCUGACUGUUGCACCCUCCACACAAAGUUCAACCUCCAAACUGUCGACUGUCGCACCAUCAACAGAAAGUCCCACCUCCAAACUGUCGACUGUAGCACCUUCAACAGAAAGUCCAACCUCCAAACAGCCAACCUCUUCACCGUCAACACAAGGUCCAAGCUCCACCCAGCAACCCACUGCAGUGUCAACCCAUGGUCCAAGCAAUCCACCUUCAACACAAGUUACCACCCAAUCACCUGUGUCCACGGCUGCCCCAGCUAUAGUGACGUUGACACUCACGCUACAACAAGAAUUUACCGCCGACCUCGCUAACCCCGCGUCAGCCGCCUUCCAAAGCCUCGCUGAGAAGACCAAGAAUCAACUGGAGCCAAUUUACAAAGCCGCAUAUGAGUCAUUCCUCGCUUUGAUAGUUAAACGUUUUAGUCCUGGAUCUGUCAUUGCGGAAACUGAACUGAGUUUCAGCUCUACAUCGUCAGCACCCAGCACAUCGAGCAUCAGCAACACAACACAGACCGCCAUCGCCAGCGGCAACCUGACCCUAAACAUCAGCUCAGUUACUGUGGAAAGAGGUUCAAUCUCAAUAACCACAGCAGCAUCAACAUCUGGUCAAACCUCCAUCCAGUCAACUGCCACGCCCUCAACACCUGGUCAAACCUCCAUCCCUUCAACUGUUGGGACCUCAACACCUGGUCAAACCUCCAUCCAGUCAACUGCCGCACCAUCAACACCUGGUCAAACUUCCAUACCGUCGUCUUUGGCCCCAUCAACACCUGGUCAAACCUCCAUCCAGUCAACUGCCGCACCAUCAACACCUGGUCAAACUUCCAUACCGUCGUCUUUGGCCCCAUCAACACCUGGUCAAACCUCCAUCCAGUCAACUGCCACGCCCUCAACACCUGGUCAAACUUCCAUCCCUUCAACUGUUGGGACCUCAACACCUGGUCAAACCUCCAUCCAGUCAACUGCCGCACCAUCAACACCUGGUCAAACUUCCAUACCGUCGUCUUUGGCCCCAUCAACACCUGGUCAAACCUCCAUCCAGUCAACUGCCGCACCAUCAACACCUGGUCAAACUUCCAUACCGUCGUCUUUGGCCCCAUCAACACCUGGUCAAACCUCCAUCCAGUCAACUGCCGCACCAUCAACACCUGGUCAAACUUCCAUACCGUCGUCUUUGGCCCCAUCAACACCUGGUCAAACCUCCAUCCAGUCAACUGUCGCACCAUCAACACCACAAGGUCAAACCUCCAUCCAGUCAACCAUCACACACUCAACACCUGGUCAAACCUCCAUACCGUCUUUGGCACCCUCAACACCUGGUGCAACAUCUAUUCAGUCAACUAAUGCACCUUCAACACCACAAGGUCCAACCUCCACCCAAUCAAAUUCUCCACCAUCAACCCAAAGUGCCACCCAGACACCUACUGCUCCCUCAACACAAGGCUCAACUCCCAUCCAGUCAACAGUUGCACCCUCAACACAAACUCCAACUACCAUACCAUCAUCGUCCCCACAAUCAACACCAGGUCCAACUUCCACUCAGCUCCCCACUGCAGUGUCAACACAAGGUCAAACCUCAAUCCAGUCAACACCUGAACCUUCAUCACAGGGUCAGACAUCAUCUCAGUCCACCCUUGCCACAUCAACACACCAUCCAUCUUCCACCCAGCUCCCCACUGCCCACUUCACGCAAAGUCCAACCUCUAAAGAGUCCACCUCUCAACCAGCAACACAAUAUCAGUCCUCCACCCAGUCAACUGCUGCACCCUCAACACAGCACAGUCCAUCAUCCAUGCAGCCAACUAAUACACCAUCAACACAAGCAGGUCCAUCCUCCACUCAGCCAACCUCCCAACCAUCAUCACCAGCUGCAACAUCUAUUCAGUCAACUACUCCACCCUCCACACAGGGUCCAACAUCCAUAAUAUCGACUGCCACACCUUCAUCGCAAGGUGCACCCUCCACCCAAUCAUAUGCAACAUCCCCAACAGCAGGCCAAACAUCAUUGCAAACACCAACUGUGAUACCAACAUCAGCUCCGAUCUUAACUCCAACAUCUGAAACACCCACACAAACUACAACCUCCACACCUCCAACUUCCACACCACCAGCAUCUUCAUCCUCAUCACAAGGUCCAACCUCGCCCGUGCUCCCCACUGAACCAUCAUCACAACCUCCAUCCUCCACCCAAUUAACUUCUGCACCAACUCAAGGGUCCACCUCAUUAGAAACACCAACUGCAACGCCCACAACAGUCUCAUCCUCAACUCAGACAUCUGAAGCAGCUACACCCACAACUACAGGUCCCGCCCAGCCCACUGCAUCCACGGCCGCACCAACGAAGUUCCAGCUGUUGCUCACUCUACAGCAGGACUACAGCGCUGACCUGGGAGACCCCUCAACAACCGCAUUUAAAAGCCUCGCCACCAAAGUCAAGGAUCAGAUGGAACCGGUUUAUACGAGCAAAUACCCAACAUUCACUGGUUUAGAAGUAAUAGGUUUUAGUCCUGGAUCUGUCAUUGUGGAUACAGAACUGAGUUUCAGCUCCACGUCGGCGGCACCAAGCGCAUCCAGCAUCAGCAACACAACUCAGGAUGCUAUCGACAGCGACACUCUGGACCUUAACAUCACCUCGAUUACUGUCAGGAGUGUUUCAAGUCCAACUCAGACAACCUCUGCAGCGUCAACUCAGGGUCCAACCUCCGCAGCGUCAACUCAGGGUCCAACCUCCGCAGCGUCAACUCAGGGUCCAACCUCCGCAGCUUCAACUCAGGGUCCAACCUCUGCAGCGUCAACUCAGGCUCCAACCUCCGCAGCGUCAACUCAGGCUCCAACCUCUGCACCGUCAACUCAGGGUCCAACCUCCGCAGCGUCAACUCAGGCUCCAACCUCUGAACCGUCAACUCAGACUCCAACCUCUGAACCGUCAACUCAGGCUCCAACCUCUGAACCGUCAACUCAGGCUCCAACCUCUGCAGCGUCAACUCAGACUCCAACCUCUGCAGCGUCAACUCAGGGUCCAACCUCUGCAGCGUCAACUCAGGGUCCAACCUCCGCAGCGUCAACUCAGGGUCCAACCUCCACCCAGACAACAUUUGAACCGUCAACUCAGGGUCCAACCUCCGCAGCGUCAACUCAGGGUCCAACCUCCGCAGCCUCAACUCAGGGGCCAACCCAGACCACCUCUCCACUCUCGACUCAAGACUCAAGCUCUACCGAGCUACCGUCUCCAUCCUCAACCCAAAACCAAGCCUCCACCCACCUAACGUCUCCACCAACAUCACCAGGUGCAACAUAUAUUCAGUCAACUAAUGCACCUUCAACAACCCAAGCUCCAACAUCAAUCCAGUCUACACAAGUUCCAUCUACACAAGUUCCAUCGUCCAUACCUCCAACUUCCACACCACCAGCAUCUCCACCUUCAACACAAGGGUCAACCUCUCCACCCUCAACACGAACCUCCACCCAGAUAGCCACAGUAUCAUCACAAGCUCCAACCUCAAUACAGUCAACAUUUGAACCCUCAACACAGGCUCCAAGCUCCACAGAGCUACCCACAUCCUCCUCGCCACAAGGUCUAUCCUCCACCCAUAUACCCACUGCAUCAACACCUGAUCAAACCUCCAUAUCAUCGUCUUUGGCCCCAUCAACACCUGGUCAAACCUCCAUAUCAUCAUCUUUGGCCCCAUCAACACCUGGUCAAACCUCCAUAUCAUCAUCUUUGGCCCCAUCAACACCUGGUCAAACCUCCAUAUCAUCGUCUUUGGCCCCAUCAACACCUGGUCAAACCUCCAUACCGUCGUCUUUGGCCCCAUCAACACCUGGUCAAACCUCCAUAUCAUCGUCUUUGGCCCCAUCAACACCUGGUCAAACCUCACCACACUCAACCUCUCCAGCCUCAUCACCAGGUCCAUCCUCCACUCAGCUACCUACUGAACCAUCAACACAAGGCCAAACUUCAAAUUCUCUACCCUCUACACCAGGCCAAUCCUCCACCCAACCAAAUUCUCCAACAUCAUCAGCAGGUGCAACAUCUACUCAGUCUAUAUCCUCAACACCUACUGCAGGCUCAACCUCAACACCUGGUCAAACCUCCAUAUAUGCUUCAUCUGCACCCCUGACACCUACUUCAGGCUCAACCUCAACCCAAACACCUGAAUCCCCCACAGAAACCACAACCUUCACCCACUCAACGUUUGCAGCACACUCAACACAUCCAACCUCCAUACAGUCAACCCAUCCACCUUCAACACAUCCAACCUCCAUAGCAUCAACACCGCUAUCAUCAUACGGUCCAACCUACAUACCAUCAACCCCUCCACCUUCAUCACAAGGUCACACUUCAAUUCACUCAACAGUUUCAACCUCAGCACAGGGCCCAAGAUCCACACAUUCAUCUUUUGGCAUAUCUCCAUCUCAAGGUCCGACAUCUGACAUACCAUCAACACAAGGCCAAACCUCCACCCAACCAAAUUCUCCACCAUCUACACCAACUGCAACCUCUACUCAGUCAACCUCGCAACCCUCUACACACGGGCUAACUUCCACAACGUUGUCUUUUGCACCCUCAACACCUGGGUCACCAUCAACAUAUCCACUCUCUACACCCGACACAACGCACAUCCAGUCAACUGAUGCACCAUCCACACCAACACCAGGCACAACGCACAUCCAGUCAACCUCUCCACCCUCUACAACGCACAUCCAAUCAACCUCUCCACCCGGCACAACGCACAUCCAGUCAACCUCUCCACCCUCUAUAAUGCACUUCCAGUCAACCUCUCCACCCUCUACACCAGGUACAACGCACAUCCAGUCAACCUCUCCUCCCUCUACACCUGGCCAGAGCUCCAUCCAACCAAAUUCUCCACCAUCAUCACCAGCCACCACUCAAUCAACUGUGACAACAGAGGCCACCACUCAACCAACUGUCUCCACUGCAGCCACCACCCAGUCACCUUCGUCCACAGCUACCCUGCGGAUGGUUCUGGAUAUGACGUUUACCAGUGACCUGCUCGACUCAACAUCCACUGCCUAUCAAGACCUGGAGCAACUUAUCAAGACACAGGUGGGAGCGAGUCUCCGGGCAACCUUCACUACCUUCAUUAGUUUGACUAUAAAUAGCUUCAGUUCUGGCUCUGUCAUAGCUGACACCACUGUAGGCUUCAGCUCCUCAUCAGCCCCCAGCUCAGACAGCAUCACGUCCACUGUCCAGUCCUCUAUCGACAAUGGAGACGUAUCACUCAGCAUCACCUCUUUCCAGGUCAACCCAGGAGACACCACCACCAUCAUGAUAACAGUCACCACAGCCACUCCAUCUACAGCACCUCCUUCCACUGCUGAACCUUCUACUGCCGCCCCAUCGACCGCACCGCCUUCCACAGCACCUCCUUCAACAGCACCUCCUUCAACAGCACCUCCUUCCACAGCACCUCCUUCAACAGCUCCUCUUUCUACUGCCGCCCCUUCGACAGCACCUCCUUCCACAGCACCUCCUUCCACUGCACCUCCUUCAACAGCUCCUCCCUCUACAGCCGCCCCUUCGACAGCACCUCCUUCCACAGCACCUCCUUCCACAGCACCUCCUUCAACAGCCGAACCUUCUACUGCUGCCCCAUCGACCGCACCGCCUUCCACAGCACCUCCUUCGACAGCACCUCCCUCUACAGCUGCCCCUUCAACAGCUCCUCUUUCUACCGCCGCCCCUUCGACAGCACCUCCUUCAACAGCACCUCCUUCCACCGCACCUCCUUCAACAGUACCUCCUUCCACUGCUGAACCUUCUACUGCCGCCCCGUCGACCGCACCGCCUUCCACAGCACCUCUUUCAACAGCACCUCCUUCCACAGCACCUCCUUCCACAGCCGCCCCUUCGACAGCUCCUCUUUCUACUGCCGCCCCUUCGACAGCACCUCCUUCCACAGCACCUCCUUCCACAGCCGAACCUUCUACUGCUGCCCCAUCGACAGCACCUCCUUCCACAGCACCGCCUUCCACCGCACCUCCUUCGACAGCUCCUCCCUCUACAGCCGCCCCUUCGACAGCACCUCCUUCCACAGCACCUCCUUCCACAGCACCUCCUUCCACAGCCGAACCUUCUACUGCUGCCCCAUCGACCGCAUCGCCUUCCACCGCACCUCCUUCGACAGCACCUCCUUCAACAGCACCUCCUUCCACCGCACCUCCUUCGACAGCACCUCCUUCAACAGCACCUCCUUCAACAGCUCCUCCCUCUACAGCCGCCCCUUCUACAGCACCUCCUUCCACAGCCGCCCCUUCCACCGCACCUCCUUCGACAGCACCUCCUUCAACAGCACCUCCUUCCACCGCACCUCCUUCAACAGCUCCUCCCUCUACAGCCGCCCCUUCUACAGCACCUCCUUCCACAGCCGCCCCAACGACCGCUGCUCCAUCUACAGUUGCCCCAUCGACCGCACCUCCAUCGACCGCACCUCCUUCUACAGCUCCUCCAUCAACCGCACCUCCUACACCUCCAUCGACUGCAGCCCCAUCUACUGCACCUCCUUCCACAGCAGCUCCACCUUCAACAGCCGCCCCAACGACCGCUGCUCCUUCUACAGUGGCCCCAUCUACAGCAGCUCCUCCCACUCCACCUCCAUCGACAGCUCCUCCAUCUACUGCACCUCCUACAGCGGCCCCAACAGCUCCUCCAUCUACUGCACCUCCAACUGCCCCCCCAUCUACUGCACCUCCUACAGCGGCCCCAACAGCUCCUCCAUCUACUGCACCUCCAACUGCCCCCCCAACAGCCCCUCCUACUGCACCUCCAACUGCACCUCCUACUGCUCUUCCUACAGUGGUGCCAACAGCACCUCCAACUGCCCCCCCAACAGCGCCUCCUACCGCUCCUCCAACUGCCGCCCCGACUGCUGCUCCUACUGCACCUCCUACUGCACCUCCAACUGCCCCCCCAACAGCACCUCCUACCGCUCCUCCUACGGCCGCCCCAACUGCUGCUCCUACUGCACCUCCUACUGCACCUCCAACUGCCCCCCCAACAGCACCUCCUACCGCUCCUCCUACGGCCGCCCCAACAGCACCUCCUACAGCCGGCCCAACUGCUGUUCCUACUGCACCUCCAACAGCCGCCCCAACAGCACCUCCUACUGCUCCUCCUACAGCGGCUCCUACAGCAGCACCAACAGCAGCUCCUACAGCCGCCCCAACAGCCGCCCCAACAGCCGCCCCAACAGCGGCUCCUACUGCACCUCCAACUGCCCCCCCAACAGCGCCUCCUACCGCUCCUCCUACGGCCGCCCCAACAGCACCUCCUACCGCUCCUCCUACGGCCGCCCCAACAGCGGCUCCUACUGCACCUCCAACAGCCGCCCCAACAGCACCUCCUACCGCUCCUCCUACAGCCGCCCCAACUGCAGCUCCCACAGCCGCCCCAACAGCCGCACCAACAGCCGCCCCAACUGCAGCUCCUACAGCCGCCCCAACAGCGGCUCCUACUGCACCUCCCACAGCCGCCCCAACUGCGGCUCCUACAGCCGCCCCAACAGCCGCCCCAACAGCGGCUCCUACUGCACCUCCCACAGCCGCCCCAACAGCGGCUCCUACAGCCGCACCAACAGCCGCCCCAACUGCUGCUCCUACAGCGGCCCCUACUGCGGCUCCAACAGCCGCCCCAACAGCCGCCCCCACCCAGUCUGUUGCGUCCACAGCUAUCCUAAGGAUGGUUAUGAACCGGGUGUAUAGCACCGACCUGGCCGACACAACAUCUACAGCCUAUCAAGAGCUGGAGCAACUGAUCAAGAGUCAGGUGGGAGCAAGUCUCCGGGCAGCGUACACAUCCUUCAUUAGUUUGACUGUAACUGGUUUCAGUUCUGGCUCUGUCAUAGCUGACACCACUGUAGGCUUCAGCUCCUCAUCAGCCCCCUCUACAGACAGCAUCACGUCCACUGUCCAGUCCUCUAUCGACACUGGAGGCAUAUCACUCAACAUAAUCUCUUUCCAGGUCAACCCAGGAGACACCACAACAGCCACCACGGCCGCUCCAACCACCACCACAACAAAAUCUCCAACAACAACAACUACAAAAGCCCCAACCACCACAACAAAAGCCCCAACCACCACAACAAAAGCUCCAACCACCACCACUACAAAAGCCCCAACCACCACUACAACAGCGCCAACCACAACAACUGCAACCACCACCACUGCGGCCCCCACCACAACUCCGGUCCCUAAGCCGACGGUUGCUCUGCAAGUGGUCAUUGCCAUCGUCUUCACCCAGGAGCUUACCAACCCAGCGAGUUCUGCUUUCCAGCAGCAGGCUGCAGAGGUCGUGGCAGUGUUCGAUGUUAUCUACAGGACCAAAUAUGGAGCUCGCUUCGUGAGGACAAUUGUUAUAGCAUUCAGGCAAAGAGUGUCUGGUACAAGCAGCAGCAGCAGGAUGGACAAUGUGGAGACGGAUGUUGAGCUGGUGUUCAAUGAGGAGUCCACUGUGCCGCUUCCUGUCGAUACAGAGAUAAAGGAGGCACUGGUGGAGGCCGUCAACGAGCCAGGAUUCAACAACACACUGAGUCUGGAUACCAACUCUGUUGUUAUCACAAGUGCUCCGAGGUCCACACCUAACGUCCUGUUCAAAACCAAUGAGACGUUUACUACCGACCUGUCCAACUCCAGCUCCACAGCGUAUCAGGACAGAGCCAUGCUCAUCAAAAAAGAGCUUGAGCCGUUCUUCAUCCAGGAUUACUCUCCCUUGUUCAUAAGCCUGACAACCAACAAUUUCAGCCAAGGCUCCAUCAUCCACAAUACGGAUCUGACAUUCACAGCCAAUGGCACUCUUCCCAACUCCACAGCAAUAUACGACACCAUGUUGAGAGCUGUCCAAAGUGGAAACCUCACUUUCACCAUCACCUCACUCAACGGUAUAGCUGUUUCAUCUGGCAUAGCCUGCAGUGUCAACAGUGUCAUCACCUGGACUCUAGUGGGCGGGUCUCUCCUGCUACAGUGGCAGUGGUUGGCUCUGUGAAACGCCACUCCCCAAACCGUCCAAUGAUGUGAGGACUUACUCACAGAGGAAAGUGAAGGAUCCAAUCCAAAUGAAGGAUUAUUAUCAUAUGUAUAAGAAGUUAUUUAAAAUAUUCUAAAUAUUGUAAUCGUGCUUUGUCAUACCUGUGUCUUGUCUAUCUAGAUUGCACAUAUGAAGUCCAUAUAAUUUAACGUAUGUAAUGUUUUGGUCACAACAGUUAAAAAUGGGAGUUUUGUGAAUUCUCAUGCCACACUGUACAUGCCAAAUAAAUAAUUUAUUUACUUUGAA